AUGUUAAGGAGUUGCUCGUGGCCCUGUAGAUUCAGGUCAAUUGGCGGGAGAAACAAAACGGUUGGCCCCGCAUCACUGCGGAGGAUUGUCGGUAGUCCUGCGUACUACAGGUGCUGUGUUAGUAAAGGAAGUUCUGCUAAGACACUUUUAAGUGCAUUCCAAACAAGUCCAGUUGCAACGCUGAAGUCAUUCAAACUUCCAACCUUCCACCAGCCUCUUUAUCGUCUCGGGACCUGUUUCAGUCGUCUUAAACCUAACCAGCAAGCUGACCUUGUGUGGUUGGCAGUGUUCCCUAGAAAAUUCAUUGGGGGAGAUGCUAAACUUUCAUUCAGUCACCGGUUCGACUACGACCUGAAGAUGUUUCUGCGAGGUCUUGUAGAUACACAAUGCUCC